AUGUCACGCGCGUCCGAUAUACUCUCACACGGUGUCCCGUAUGAGGCGAACAAUCGUGCCGUACCCGACAAAAUUGACUGGCGUGAAUCUGGUUAUGUGACGGAGGUGAAAGAUCAGGGAAACUGUGGUUCCUGUUGGGCAUUCUCAACAACCGGUACUAUGGAGGGACAGUAUAUGAAAAACGAGAGAACUAGUAUUUCAUUCUCUGAGCAACAACUGGUCGAUUGUAGCCGUCCUUGGGGAAAUAAUGGUUGCGGUGGUGGAUUGAUGGAAAAUGCUUACCAAUAUUUGAAACAAUUUGGAUUGGAAACCGAAUCCUCUUAUCCGUACACGGCUGUGGAAGGUCAGUGUCGAUACAAUGAGCAGUUAGGAGUUGCCAAAGUGACUGGCUACUAUACUGUGCAUUCUGGCAGUGAGGUAGAAUUGAAAAAUCUAGUCGGUUCCGAAGGACCUGCCGCGGUCGCUGUGGAUGUGGAAUCUGACUUCAUGAUGUACAGGAGUGAUGAUGUUGAUGAUGAUGAUAAUGAAGCUUUUGAUGUUGUUGAUGAUGACGAUGAUGAUGAUGAGAAUAUUGAUGAAGGUAAUGAUGAUGUCAAAGAUGAUGAUCAUCAUCAUGCUCAUGAUUUUGAUAAUCAUGAUUAUGGUCAUGAUUAUGUUUCUAAUGUUGAUGUUGAUCCUGUUGACGAUGAUGAUGAUGAUGAUGACGACGAUGAUGAUGGAGGACCAAUUUUGCAACGUAAUAAGACAAUUCGAAACGAAACGAAAAGAAAUGAAACAGAAUGA